AUGUAUGAAGUCAGAGAUCCUGGUUUUCCAGCAAAUUUGUUUUCUUUUAAAACAUUUGCUGAUAUAUCAAGCAAUGAGAAUGAAGAUCAAACAUCCCUUUUUGAUAUUAUUGGGGUAAUUACUGCCCCUAGAAGAGAUUUGAAGCAAAAUACAUAUAGGUUGAUUGAGGUUGAAAUAAGUGAUGAGCACCAUAAUAAGAUAUUGUGCACAAUUUGGGAUUCCAAUAUGGAUUCUUAUUUGUCUCAAUUGAAGAUGGCUGAAGGGACUGUUCCUAUAAUCAUAGAGCAGUUUUGUAAGCCUAAUGUUUUCAGAGGUGAGAUUGGUGUAUCCACUCAUUAUCAAGCAUCCAAGAUUUUAAUCAAUGCUGAUGUGGCUGAUGUCAAGGAGUUUAAGAAAAGGAUUAAAGAUGAUGAUACUUUUAUUGCACAAGGGUCAGUGGAUCAAGCUGGAGUAAAGCAUAGUAGGGAGUUUGAUGAUCUUGCUGUCAAGUGUAUUAGUGAUGUUGUUUGUUUAGAGAAAGUUAGGGUGUUGGAUGCCAAUAAGUUUAGGUGUGAUUUCUGCAUUAAGAAUUAUGAUGUUGCUGUCAAAAGGUUCAAGUUUGUUGUCAACGUAGUUGAUGACACAAGUAAUGCAUCCCUUUUAUUGUGGGAUAGAGAAGUUGUCCAAAGGGUAACUGAUCUUAUUGGAACUGUGGAAUAUAUUCCUAGGAAACUUGAGGAGCUUCUUUUGGGUCAAAAGGUGUUGUUUAAGGUUCAAAGUAGGAACAACAAGGAGUAUUAUUGCAGAUAUCCAUAUACAGUUAACAAAAUAUGCAAUAUUCCAGAAAUUGUGGAGAAGCAUGUUCCUCUGAACAUUGGAUCACAAGUUCUGAAUUCUGAUGUGAAGUUGUGUGAUUUACUCUUUGGUGAUGAUAUAGUAGAGGUAAGUGGUAAGGGCUUUGUCACUCCUGAUUUAUCUGUGGUUACCAAGGAAAAUGGGGUUGAGUGGGUUGCUGAAGGAAGUGUGAAGAGGUGCUUGGAAGAUGAGUUUGAUAGCUGUGAUGAUUUCUGCUUUGGAAAGAUCAAGAAGAAGAUGAAGAAAGCAAAUGUGAUUGAAGAAGAAGAUGAGGCUUCUGUCAGCUACAGUCAGGACAUCUCUAUUGCUGAUUAG